UACAUAACCAAAACAAACUAACCAUAUGUAACAAUAAGUUCAAUUCUCCAAAAUUCCAAAUUAAAAACAUUCCAUCACUUUCUUCUUCCUUCUUUCUUUCCUUCCCUAGGAAUUCAAUGGGGUUGAGAUCUUCUGAUAGAAAACUCUCUUUCGAUAUUCUCAGCAACAUCAAUAAUAACUCCCCCUUUGAUAAUAAUAAAGAAGAUGAUUCGCUUCCCCUCUUUCGCUCCACCCCCGAUCCCUCACACAACCAGACCAAAUCCGAUUCCGAAAUCUCGCCUUCUCCGAAAAGCCGGAGGAAGAAAAGGCACAAGAAGAAGAAACCGGCGUCCCCCGGUUUCGCUGCGAUCCCGGAACAUCCGGUGUUGGAUUCGGAUGAGAGAAUUGGAAGUGGGAUUGUUUUUGAGAGCAGAAGCGAUUUGAAUUGCCAGAUUAGUUACGGCGGGAGUGUGUGUACAGUGGUGGCGGCGAGUAGUGACAGUGGGAAUAGUUUGAGGCAGAGGAAUGUGAAUGGUAGUGAUGACUUGGUGGUGGAGGAGAGUCCAUCGGAGAAGCAACAGUGGCGGAGUGAGGCGUUGCCUAAUGGGAGUAGUAGUGGUGGUAGUGGAAGUGGUGUUCUCACGAAGUUGGAGACGGUGGAGUCGCUGGAUUGGAAGCGACUCAUGGCGGAUGAUCUUCAAUGUACCUAUCCGAUAGAGCAGUCACCAUGGAAGUACUUUAUGGAUGCAAUGUAUAGUGGAAAUUCAUUGCGGAGCACAACAACAAUUGGUGAUGAGAAAGAACGGCAGAGAGUAUAUGAUACCAUUUUCCGCUUGCCAUGGAGAUGUGAGCUGAUUAUUGAUGUUGGCUUCUUUGUCUGCUUGGAUUCAUUUCUGUCGUUGUUAACCAUCAUGCCAACAAGGAUUCUGAUGACUCUUUACAGGCUUCUAUGUAAAAGGCAGUUUAGUAGUCCUUACGCUGUGCUCUGUGAUUUCUCUUGCUUUGCUGUGCUGGCUUUUGGGUCCCCUUUGGAGCGAACAGAUAUCAGUUUAAUUUAUCACAUGAUUCGGGGCCAAGGAACAAUCAAACUCUAUGUGGUGUACAAUGUCUUGGAGAUAUUUGACAGACUGUGCCAAAAUUUUGGCAGCGAUGUAUUGGAAACACUAUUUUACUCAGCAGAAACACUCGUGGAUAGUUCAGAAGAAAACAGGCGCUCCUGUAUUUGGAAAUUCAUUUAUGACCUAGCAUUAGCUACGGCUUCUUCAAUCUUUCAUUCUUUCAUUUUAUUAGCUCAGGCAAUUACUUUAUCAACUUGUAUUGUUGCUCACAAUAAUGCUUUGCUGGCGUUACUGGUAUCCAAUAAUUUUUCUGAGAUAAAAAGCAAUGUGUUCAAACGCUUUAGCAAGGAAAACAUUCAAAUUCUCGUGUAUGCUGAUUCAAUUGAGAGAUUUCACAUUUCAGCGUUUCUCUUAUUUGUUUUGGCUCAAAAUAUCCUGGAGGCUGAGGGUCCUUGGUUUAAAAGUUUUAUUUUUAAUGCUCUUAUGGUUUACAUAUGUGAAAUGUUAAUAGAUAUUAUAAAGCAUUCAUUCCUUGCUAAAUUCAAUGGCAUAAAGCCCAUUGCAUACUCUGAGUACCUAGAAGACCUCUGCAAACAGACUUUGAAUAUAAAAACCGAGCAUGGGAAGAAAAUCCUCACUUUUGUUCCUCUGGCACCAGCUUGUGUGGUCAUCCGAGUGUUGACUCCAGUUUUCGCUGCACGCCUGCCUUGCAAUCCUCUUCCAUUGAGGCUCUUCUGGAUUUUUUUCUUAUCUGCCAUAACCUAUGUCAUGCUAACAAGUCUUAAAGUGAUGAUCGGCAUGGGUCUACAGAAACAUGCGACAUGGUACGUUGAAAGGUGUCGUAAGAGAAAACACCAUCUUCACUAUGAUUAAUUCAAAACAAGCCCCAUACAAAUAUAGGAUGCUGCAUGUUCGGCUACCACAAUCUUCCUUCUGCCGAUACUGUUUAUGAGUUGUAGAGAAACCUUCUGGAUUUACAUGUUAGAUGAUCGCGAGGCGGCGGUUUUUACACAGCUAGAGCGGCCCUUUGUACAGUUUGAGAUAAUUAUUUUUGAUGGCAUUUGCUUCCGAUUUUGAUAUAGAGAAACAUUUCUUUAUAAUGGGAA